UCUAGAGAAUUGUUUGGUAUUUAUGAAAGAAAUCGGAGAAACGAUCGCUGUGAAGAAGUAAUUUGCUAUGCAUAGAUUUCUGCAACUCAAUUAUCGACUGGCAUUUAACGGAUGGUUGACUCUUCGAUUUUUAGUAUAUAAAACGUGGUUGAGAUGUGGUUAUACGAACUUAGGUGGCCGCAAAGUACGGUUAUUUUUAAAUGUUUGCAAUACAGAUAAUCGAACCUGUCUAGGCCCAGGAUCCUAUCUUCGUGCAUUAUUCAAACAAAAGGCCGCCUCUGUGUGUUUAUUUAUAAUGAAGGGCCAUAAAAUAUGCGGUUAAACCCGGAUGUUGGUUGGAUGUUUAUUUCUAAAACAAAUCGGUCCCGAUGUGACCUACUCGAGGACAGAAUAUAUUUAGAGGAUAUUUAACAUUCAAGCCUGGUGAUUUCAAAAUUUAACGAGUGUUUGUGUUCGGUCAAUUGGAAACCGUCGUCUUUUGAGAGAAUUUUAUUUAUAAAUUGUUAUAAGAUGUUUUCGUUAAAACGUUAUUAAACUGUGAAAAUAAACUUAAAUGUACUUUUCAAGUACAAGUUUUAGGUAUAAUGUGGUAAUCAAAUGCGAUAAGUCAUUUUAACAUGUUUAGUAUUGUUCCGCAAUGCCCAUGAUAAUGCAUUACGGGAUAUAAAGGAAUCCAAACUUCAAAAUUUAAAAAAUCAAAAUCAGCAUUAACGACAAAAAUAUCAAAUGUGGGGUCGCAAUAAGAUUGCCCCUGUGCCGCCCGGCGGUCAGGUCAGCAUUUCCGAGUUUACAGACGACGAUUGGCGCAGAACCGGAAACGCCGACGGAAUGAAUACCGUCGGCAGUGGAUCGGGUGAUGCAACUAUUCGUCGACGCCGGCGGCACGUGGAUGCGAGCACGAACGAGUACGCGAGCUACGUGGAGAAACGGAUGUUCAACAAGUUACAUGCGUGGACGCCGUACCUGGGCCAGCGGAAGCAAGACAAACACUUAGCACCAAACCGGAACCCGACGAAGGGAUGGGCGGGUUUCAAGCACCGACAGAAAAUGCACUGGAACAGCGUCGGCUUGGCGUGGAGAGAAUGGAAGGCGGGGCUCGAGCUCUGGCGGGGGCUACUCAAGCGUGUCGAAGGUCGUCAAGGUACCGGUGUGAUCUCCUACUUUCUCCUCCUCAAGUUCCUCCUUUUUCUCAACCUCUUUAUCUUCCUUGCGACCUUUGGCUGUAUCGUGGUGUUCGAUCAGUUCUUCAAACCACUCGGGUACACCAGCAACACCAUCGGGACCCGUGACCCACUCACGGACGAAUACAUAGUGAACUCCAGCGUUUGCGCCGGACAAUAUGUCGUCAACAAGACUUCCGGCUUCCAGCUGGCUCUGGACUUUAUUCAGGGAACGGGAUGGAUGACGAAAACGGCGCUGUUCUACGGUCACUAUGGUAACCAGGAAGUGGAUUUCCCCGGGCAUUCGUACAACAUACCUCUCGCCUACCUUCUCACGACAGUUCUCGUUCUCAUUACGAGCCUCGUUGUCAUUGUGCACAAAAUCACCUCGGAGACGGAAGGUCUGGAAAGCGCCACUGGAAGCAGCGAUGGUGCCUUCUUCCGGUCGGUUUUUAGCCGAUGGGACUUCAGGGUGUGCGGCGAGAAGCCGACGAAGCUGCAGCACCGGAACUUUUACCAUCAGAUGUGUGGCCAGCUUGAGGAGUUCCGGCAUCAGCAACGGAAGAGUUCGCGUACCGGAUGUGGCCGCUGCUGCCUCGUCUUCGUGCGUAUCCUUAUUAACAUCCUCAUCAUCGGGCUGCUGGGAGCUGCAGCCGCCGCCAUUUACUACGCGCAGAAAUACUCAUCGGAUGUCACCACGAGCACAGCAGUGAACACGUACGAUCAGGUUCGCAUACUGGCCAUCCAGUUCCUGCCCUCUCUGGUGAUCGCCGCCAUCAACAGCGUAUAUCCGGUCAUUUUCGGCCUGGCCGCCAUAUUGGAGCGUUACUCGCCAGAUGUCGUUAUCAAGAUCACCGUCCUCAGGAUUGUGUUCGUCCGUCUGGCUGCGCUUAUCGUCGUCACGGCAACAAUCUACGUGAACAUCACGUGCUCGCAGCAGGACAUGUGCAGGGUUGGGGUUGGGGAGUGUCCCGCUAUACAGUGCUGGGAGACGUAUUUUGGGCAGCAGAUCUACAAGUUCAUGGUCACAGAAAUUGCUAUCGACAUUCUGAUGACAUUUAUCCACGAGCUUCCCAGAAAGUUACUCACCACUAAAUGUGAUUGCGGCCUCCUGAAAAAGAUCGGUCCCGCUGAAUUCGACGUUGCGAUGUGCGUGCUGAACCUCGUGUACGCACAGACGCUCUGCUGGUUGGGGUUCUUCUUCGUUCCACUUCUUACCGCCAUGUUGGUUCUACGGCUACUUAUGUUGUUUUAUUUAAAAACGUUCUCUGCGCUCUACACGACGGUCCCGCCUGAGAAGCCGUACCAGGCGUCACGGUCUAACGCGUUCUUCAUGGUGACGUUACUCGUGACGUUCUUUCUCAUCGCCGUACCCAUGGGCUACGUGUUCGUGGCGUUGCGCCCGAGCCCAAUGUGUGGUCCCUUCCGGGUGUACGCGGCCCCUGUCGACAUCGUGGGAGUCCAGAUCUCCUUGGCGCACGGACACGUAAAGAACUUCUAUGACGUUAUCAGCUCCUCCGCCUUCAUCAUUAUUCUCUUGCUGAUUCUGCUUUUGGCUAUUUACUAUUUGUGGAAAAUGAAGUCGGCAAACUAUGACGUCAUUAAGCAGUUGCAGCGUCAACUACUGCAGGGAGAAAAGGACAAACAAUUCCUGUUACUCAAAUUGAGUAACAUCUCAGGCAGUCCUCAGAAACCAGCACUGGGUAUCAACAAAUCGAGACCCGAACCUGCGACAAACACUCCGCGUGUUGUCCAAGCAGCGCCAUCAAGCGUUGCCAACAACAACUUCAACAACAACAACAAUACCGCUCCUCCCAGUUACUCGGAGCAUGAUGGCGUCAUCCAUAAUGACGUCAUUCACACGAACAAGGAGCGUGGAUUACUUGCUAUUACGUCACAUCCAGAAGUUCGCGCCGAUGCAAACGUAGUUAUCAGAAAUAACGAUGCUGAAGCGGCUAUGGAGAUUGGAGACGAUUGGUAAAAUAAUGAGCAUUUUGCCGCAAACAGGCAGAGCAAUUUUUUUUUACAGAUGUAACUUCCUAUCCUUCACGACGCCAUUUCAAAUUAAAGACGGCAUUGUGUUGAUGGAUUGAUUACGUGAUUAUGUUGACAAUCAUUGUUAAAGCUAGAAACUCUCUUCAAAAUCGAUCAGCACAUGGAUGCAUGUUUUUGUAUAUUUUAUUUAAAUGGAAUUUGAAUUUGAAUGGAGGAAUUGCAGUCUACUCGAGCUUUUGUGUACGAAAUAAAUAUUAACGUUGAAAACGAAAUAACUGUAUUCAGACUUUUAUACUUAUAUUCAAACAAACCAAAUUUCCAGAACUUUAUUGUUGGACUCUGUGUUUGGUACAAAAUAUUUGCGCAAGUGUUUUCGCUGUUCAUUUACUAACGAGUGUGUGUGCCUAUACCAAACUUUCAUUUAAGAUUUACAUUUGUUAUCAUCUUGUGAAAUUUAUUUCGCUUGAGUAGACUUCCAAUUGUUGUAUAAAAAUGCUGUGAUAGUAUAUGUGUUGUUUUCUGUUGCCAUAUGUCUAUUGUCUUGUUGGUGACCGUGCUCAUCUAUAUUUCUUAACAUCUUGGGCGUAUUUUUCAUUUUAUUUCGGUGUUUUAUGUGUUCCUACUUUAUCUUAAUAUAUUCAACAAAUUUGGUUUUAUUUUAACCCUUAUUCUUCUGAAAAAUUGUGUUGUUGUUCGUUUAUUGUCUUAAACUAAUGGGAUGUUUUCUAAUAAAUUAUUUCCUGAAAAACAA